AUGGUAAUAUUAGAGUUUACUAGCUAACCAUCAUAAAUAAUUCAUAUUGCCUCUCAAUUUCUAGGUGAAUUAAUGAUACUAAAAUGUGGAUUAUUAAUAUACUCAGAUGGGUAAGGUAAGAAAAAGUCUUUUGAAAGUUUCCUUGUAUAUAUUAUUAGACCAUAUACAUAUUUUAUACAAUAAGAUUUAUAGGUUGCAUACACAAUAGUUACUUUUGUGCUUAUGCAAAUACUGAUAUUCUACUGGUGUUAUCUAAUCAUAUAUAGGGAGAAGAAAAAGAUAAAAUCAUUCAUAAAUGUAAUUCAAAAAUAUGAGUCUCAUUCAACCCUGAAUUUUAUUUUAAUUUUGUUAUGGAAAACCUUAUUUUUGUUUUUAACAGAGUUUCUGGGGUUUGUUCUAUUAGAAGGAUGCUUUGUAAUAUUAUUUGAUAAUAUAUAAGAUAAUAUAUUUUGUAUUAUCUGUUCAACCAUAAUUAUUUUAGAAAUCUUUUUCCUAAUUAUAUUCUAAGAAUUAUUUUGGAAUAAAAGUUUACAUUAUAUACCAAAAUAAUUGAACUAAAUAAAUUAACAAACAAUAUUGGUAUUGUAUGCUAAAUUAUUAAAAAUAAUGACUCUUUGUCUUUUUGCAAGUUAAAUAACUAAUAAAUCUUAUAUAGUAUUAGGAAUUUCAAUACUAAGUAGUUUCUUAGAAUUAUAUAUAUAAUUAAUACUGAAAAUAAGAUUGGACAUAUUAAUUAUUAAAUUGGAUGUAUUAAUGUAAAGCUUAAUUAUAUGUGUUUCAAUAUAAUAAGUAUUUGUGAUGGCUAGUACUUCUUCAUUAGAAUUUUUGUGGAUAAUUGUUGGGAUUUUACUUUACAAAUCAAUAUGUUAAUUUUACUUAAAUGAUAAUGUUAUCUCAAUUUAAUCAAAUUAAAAUUAAGGGGAAUAAAAACUCAUGUGCGGAAGAAAGAAGAUUUAUUUAUAUUAAAAUCUUAUUUCGAAAAGAGACUCAGAAUAUAGAUUGAUUAAUAAGAUUUUGAUAUAAAAACAUUAAGAGGAUUGCUCAAAUAAAUCUUGUUUUUGUAGGAAUGAUGAAAUGAUUAUGAUUAAAUUGGAUCAUUUGAUUAUUAAAGAAUAAAUUCAUGAAUACAAAUAGCUGAUAUCAUAAUAGAAAAUAAAAUCAUCAAUACUCUACAUAUAGUAUAUUUAAUUACUUAUACUUAAUAAUAAAUAUUUUGAAGCAUUAAACAUUACUUAAAAAUUGAUAAACUAAAUCAAUAAAAAAUCAAAAUUUACUACACAAGUUUAAAUAAUAAAAGGAUAGGUAUCAUUAUUGCAUAAAUUAUUGUUAAAAUUGCUUUAAUAAAAAAUUUUAAUUAAUAUUUAAUCAUCCCUUUUAAAUAGUGCUUAACAUUCGACUAAAUCAUAGGGAUUUAAAUAAGCAAUAAAAUCUUAUUAAUAAAAGAAAGAUUCAGAAAAAAUUAUUUAAAAUCAAUUCAAUAGAAUAUUGAAAUUAAAAAUUGAUUUUUUAGAAGAAUUAUCAAAUUCUACUUCUUUAAAUGCUAAAAAAAUAAACGAUAAGGCUUUCAAAAUUAUCAAUCAAAUGGAUGAAUUUAAAUAAUAAUUGAUUCUCAAUUUUUAAAAGAUUCCAAGUAUAAUAUUUAUUUAAAUUUAGCACAUAGUAAUAAAGGAUUAUUGUUAUUCUUCUAAAUUGAAGUCUUAAAUGAUCUAAUAAAUUCUCAAAAGAUUAAUGCAGCAAGUACUUUAUCAGAAAAUUAAGAAGAAAUGAUAUUUGUAAACAAUAUUUAUUAACAACUUGUUAAUCAAUUUUCAUAUGCUAAAUUUAUUAUUGGAGAAGAAGGUAAUAUUGAGUUAGCAUCAAAUAGUGUAUCAUAAUAAUUAAAUAUUGGGGUUAAUAAAUAUAGUGCCUUUAAUGAAAUGGUUCCAUAAUCAUUGGUAUCUUUUCAUAAAUAGUUUAUGAAAGAAUUUAUUUCUACAGGAUAGAAUAAAUACUUUUUAAAUAUUAAUUAAUCAUUUUUACAAAUAUCUACAGGCAUAAUAAUUCCUAUUGAAUUGUGUAUGGAUAUUUAAUUUGAUUAAAAGAUGAACUAAUUAAUGGCAAUAACAUUCAUAAAAGAAGCACAUACAAACAAUUCCUUUCAUUAUAUCAUAGUAGAUGAUAGAUAUAGAAUCAAAGAGAUCUCACAAGGUUUAUAUUUUGAAACUUUAGAAUAUCCAACUUUCGUUAAAAUGCAAUUAUAUAAUUCAUCUAUAUUCACUCUUAUACCAGAAUUAAAAAAAGAAGACUUAUCUUUAGAUAAAACUUUAAGGUCUUAUUCCUUGUGCUUUCCAUAAAAUAAAUAAACGUCUAGUAGUUUAAGAAGUUAAAAUAGAUCACAAGAAUAUUUUCAAGGUGAUAUCUCCAUAAAGCCAAGAGUUAUUAAUAAGAAAAUCUUAUAUUACAUUUUUGAAAUAAGUGAUUUUAAAUCAGAAAGAAAAGAUAUGAUCGAAAUAAUGUCUAUACAAUAAGGAGAUAUGGAUGAAAAAGAAAUUAUAAAUAUUCCAUUAGAAAUCCAUAAUUUGUAUGAAUAAACAGUUCCAAAUUAAAUUUGGCAACUUCCAAUUAAUUCUAAUUUAGAAUCUGAAAGACCAUUAGUAUUUUUAAGUAAUUGUGAUCCUUCAGAGCUUCGAUUGAAAGAUUCAAAGGAUUAAGAUAAUUUCAAUAUUAUGUAGAAUAAAGCAAAAAGUUCUAUUAAUACCGAAAAAAAUUAGAUUUCUAAAAAUGAUUAAGAAAAAUUUGAUGAUGCUGGUUCUUAAAUUUCUUCAGUAGCUGCAAUUAGAAGGUCAAUCUAUUUUAAAUAAUUUUAAAUUGUAAAUGAUUUAAUAUUCUCUAAAAUAUUUCCACCCAAUAUUAAGGCAUUUAACAUCAUCUUUAUAAUCUAUGUUAUUGUUGGAGUUCUUAAUUUUAGUCUUUUAAUUGAUUAAGUUGCAAACUUAUAGAAAUAUUAAGAAUUAAUGGUAUUAUUGAAAAUAAAAUAUGAUAUCUAUGAACCAAUAGAAUCAUUCUUAAAUACAAGAUAUACUAUAGUUGGAUUGAAUGGAGCAUUGUCAAGUAAGAUUAUAUCUUAACAGGAAUAUGAUUAUUUAAUUAAGUUUCCAAGAUCAAAUUUAGCAAAGGGAUAUGAUGAUCUAAAAGUGAACAUUAUGGAUGUUAUUUAGAAAAGAGAGUUUCAAUCAUUUCUAAAAGAUAAAUACUUUGAAGCGUUUUGGUAUACUUCUACUAAUAAAGGAAGCUAAAGAAAUACAACUUUUAGAAGUGGAAUUUUGGCUAUGCUCAAUUAUCAAUAUGAAUACAAAUUGGCUUAUACUAUCAGACCUCUUGUAAUAGAUAGUGCUUACUCUUAUUAUUCAUAUAAGAAUUACAUUCCUAUUUUUGAAAUGUUUACAUAAUUUAAUUCAGAUGUCUUAGAAUUACUCAUAUUAUUGCUAUAAAAUUAAUAGUAUGAACUAGCAUUGAUAAAUAUUAUCUUUAAUAUAUUAUUGGCAUUAAUAACAUUGGGAUAUGUAUCAUAUUUAAUUAAAUAACGUAAAUUAAAAAACAAAUUUUUAAGUCUGCUAUGUCAAUAAGACAAGGAUGUCAUGCAUUAAGAAAGUCAUCGAUUAUCAAUACUUUCUACUUAAAUCAAUACAAAUUAUAAUCAUAUAUGUCAAUAUGCCCUAGAUAUUUAAAUAUUCGAUGAUAAUUUAAAGAUGCGCGAAAAGGAUUACUAUGAUUUAGUCAAUAAAAAGGGUAAGAAAAUCAAUAACUUAAGAAGAAAUAGACAAUUAAAUCUCAUUAACUUUUUCUAAAUUUCGAUUGCAUUAGCAAAUUUCUGUUUCUUUUUACUAAUAAAUAUACUAACAAUUGAUUCUCUUGAUAAGUAUUUGUUUAAAUAAAAAAAUACUGGAGAAAUUUAUUCAUCACUUUCAAACACAGGAGUUGAUGUUUUAAUUAUCUAUGCUCAAAGAGAAGUUAUGUAUAGGAUUGUUGCUUUUUCAUUUCUAUCACCAAAAGACAUUUAGGAUAUUCAAGAUCAGAUUGAUACAAGUCUUCAUUAAAUAACUAAUUUUUCAUAGAAGUUUAUUGAAGUUAAUCAAGAUGAUUAUCUACUUGAUGAAAAUUCAAUAAAACUAUUUCAUGAUGCAAGCACCUCAUCAAUAUGCAAUUUCUUACCUGAAGUAAUAAUUAUUAUAACUGUAGAAAUAUGCUAAUGUUUCACAAUCUUUAUGUCCUAUUGUUUUACAUGGAAUAUUGACUAAAGGAUUGAUAGCAACUUUAAAUUUGAUGCAAAAUUCACUUUUCGCUGAAAAAUAAGUUAAUAACUUUACGUCGAGAUCUAAUAGUUAAUUACCUGUAAAGGAAUUAGAAGGGGCAACAUUUACUGCUUGGGUUAUUUAAGAAUUAGUCAAUAAACUUGAGCAAAAUUUAAAGAGUUAUUCGACUUAACUUUAAUAAUCAUAUAAUGUAUAUAAAUAAAUCAAUAUUACUAGUUUAUUUAUGCAAUUGGUAUUGUAUUGUAGGUAAUCUUUGGCUUAUGUGUAAUUGUAGUAAACAGUAAGUAUGAAGUUUAAUAAAUCAGCCUUCUUAAAAGAGUUGUUUAUUUAAUACCCUAAUCUAUAUUGCUAUUUGAUGAUUCUUUUUAGAGGCAAAUCAAAAUAGUCUUAAAAUAAGAAGAACUUUAAUGA